CAACCUUUUCACGCACACACCAACACCUCCCCUUUUAAUUUCAAUCCUUUUCACACACAAAAAGAAUACAUCAACAGAAGUAUAGUGACCAUACCCUAUUCCGACAGGCGAAACAAAUAACAGAUCAGUUGAUUGAUUACCAUAAUGUCAGAGGACAUGAGUUUGUCCGUGAACGGACAUUCCAAGGUGCCUCCAGGCUUCCGUUUCCACCCCACCGAAGAGGAACUCCUGCAAUAUUACCUCCGGAAGAAGCUGGCCUGCGAGAAAAUCGACCUCGAUGUUAUCCGGGAGGUGGACCUUAACAAACUCGAACCUUGGGAGAUUCAAGAGAAAUGCAAAAUAGGGUCCACCCCACAGAAUGACUGGUACUUCUUCAGCCACAAAGACAAGAAGUAUCCGACGGGGACACGGACAAACCGGGCGACGGCUGCCGGUUUCUGGAAGGCCACCGGACGAGAUAAGGUGAUUCAGAGCAAUUUGAGGAGAAUUGGGAUGAGAAAGACGCUGGUUUUCUAUAGAGGGAGAGCUCCACAUGGCCAGAAAUCGGACUGGAUCAUGCAUGAGUACAGGCUUGACGACAACACUCAUGAUCACUCCACUACUAAUGUUUCAAAUAUUGGACACGAACAAUCGGGGCCCGAGGAAGGCUGGGUGGUCUGCCGUGUUUUCAAGAAGAAAAACUACCACAAGGCAUUGGAAAGCCCCCUCACUUCAUCCACCCCAAUCAUGUCCGCAAACCUCCCAAGAAACGACGCCGUCCUUGAUCAGAUACUCAUGUACAUGGGAAGAUCAUCAUCAUCUUCUUGCAAGCAAGAGACCGAAUCACAUGGGCAGUUUCCUAAUCAACCAUCGGGCUUCAUGCACAUUCCCGAACUACUCGACAGUCCAACCAUCAAUCAUCCAUCAUCAUCAUCAUCAGCACUUGCCAACCAAUCAACGGCCAACAACGUUCUGCUGACAGAAAUCGGGCCGUAUUCAUCCGAUUGGGCGGCGCUGGACCGCCUGGUCGCGUCUCAGCUCAACGGCCAGUCAUCGAUGAACGAAGAAUUCUCAUUUACAUUCGACCACGAUGAUGAUCAGAUGCAGUUGGUACACAUGAAUAGUGGUGCAGACAGACACGAUCAUCAUAAUCAAGUGGUGAUGAUGAGCUCCGAGACGACAGAUCUUUGGAACUUCGCCCGAUCAUCAUCGUCGUCGUCUUCUGACCCGCUGUGCCACUUGUCCGCUUAAUACAACAUAUAUAUACUAUUACUAGGUUUUGUCACGAUGGUACGAUUUGCCAGGACACAGAGAUACAUACAUUUACGUGUUGCUUUGCGCUAUAUAAAACCCUAUUUAAGUUCAAAUAAUAAAUAAUAUCUUCGUACCUUGUCUGGUGCAACAUCAUUGUCCGUAAAGGUACACACACACACUAUAGUUUGAUUCCCACGAUGAUAACUAACAAACACACACAUACACAUGCA